AUGAACGGAUUAACAACAGGCAAUCUUCUUCGUAACGGAGAUUUUAGCCAACUAGAAUUUGAUGGACAACCGAGCAUUUGGAACAUUACUGGUGGACAGGAUAAUACUUCCGUUACGAUCUUGCCUAGAAAAUAUCUAUCUCUCAAUGCAGUCGAAAUUUCAGUGUACACUACUCGAACUUUAGUUAAACUUACACAAACGAUUCAAUUAGAACAUAGUACAAACAAAAGCCUUCUCGUAAUGACUUUCUGGCAUAGAACAUGGAUAAUCUAUGGUUCUGGAAGUAUUCAAUUAGAAUUCUAUGAUAGUUCAAAUUAUAAAAUUGGAAAUGAAUAUGUGAAAUCUUUUUCUCGAAAUUUAACAUGGAGUUAUGUUCGUAUCACAAGACCUAUUCGUAGCUAUGCAAUUUCAGCUAAAAUUGUAAUUCAAAUGUAUAAUUCUAUGGGCGUCGUUUUAAUGGCCAAUAUUUCUAUUGAGCAAGUCGAUGUUUGGAAGAAUGCGACAUUCUUUGUGUCUCCACGACAAGACGGAACAAUUUUUAUUCAAUGGAAUUUAGAAAAUCAUGGAAAUACUGUUGCUAAUUAUGAUAUUUACAGAAGCAAAGGAAUAUUGUCAACGCUUGAUGAUACUCAUCUCUUAGUAACCAUUCCUACAAUGUCUUCAUAUGGAAAAAAUAUCUACGAGUCAAUGUAUACCGAUCAUUUCGUUCAUUUGGACACGAUAUAUACCUAUCAAGUAGUCGCUCGGCACUCGAAUAGAACAAUCAUCGAUCGAACGAUACUUAUCAUUGGUCAAGCAGACUUAGGAGAAGAUUAUUAUAAUAUUACGACACUCAUUGCUUUGCCAAGAAUAAAUGGUAUUCAUCUUAGUUGGAAACUUAGAUCAAAAAGUACAGCUAACAAAAUCAUUCUUUACAAUGGUAUUGAUAGUGUAUUUAAAAUUAACAAUAGUAGAGCUCAACUUGUAGGCAUCUAUCCAGUACAAGAUAUGAAAGCAAUCGUUGAAUUAUCCAAUACCGGCCCGUUUCUUCUUGUAUCUGAUGAUGGAAAUGAUAUAGCUACUGUUAAACUCGCUAAUCUAACUCGUUCACGAAUAGUCCUUACACCCACACAUCUGGAUUUUAUUCGAGAGAAAACCAAUCAAUCAGGGCAUGCACAGGAGGUUUUUAAAGCACUUAUAAAAAGUAUUUACACCUAUCAACCUGACAAUUCUUUUAAUUAUUGUUGGUCUGCACGAGAUGCAGCUCUACUAUACGCUAUCACAAGAGAUAUCAAUUAUGUUCAUAUGGCAUAUUCAGCGUUAAAUGCCAAUAGAAUAAAUUAUACAAUAUACGAUGAAUCCGCUGUCAAACUUCGAUUUAGUCUUAGUACAAUGGCUCGAGUACAAGCUUUUGAUUGGGCUUACUAUGCUUUUACCAUACAACAACGACAGGAAUUGAUAAAAGAUUUUCAAUAUGCUGCGUCUAUAUUUACAUCUUACUCAGAUGAUCAUUCACGAAAUUCAAAUGACAAAGCAAGUAAUUGGAUGGGUAUUGUAAAAUCAAGUGAAUUGAUAUUACAUCUGACUCUUUACGGUGAAGAAGGAUAUCCGAAUGAUCAGGCGGAAAGACGUAUUUUAUUUCUUCUGCAUGAAUUGAAACUACAUCUCGAACAUUCUUAUGGUCCUUCUGGUUAUAUGCAAGAAGGAUUAAGCUAUCUGGCAUAUACAUUACCUAUUCUUGGCCCAGCUGUUUAUCUAGCAAAAUCUAUGGGUAUUUCCAUUUUAGACGACGCUUGGUUUCGUCCAGAUUGGCAUAAUUUAGCGUUACACAUCAUUUCAUUGAGAAAACGCAGAAAUUCUUUGCAAUUCGGUGUAUCGGACUCAACUUACUCGUACAAUGGAUUUCUACCGUUUAUUUUCAAUUCAACAAAUGACAGAAACAUAAAGGCAGCUCUGAAAUGGUUCUAUGAUCGAACUAUGGGAAUCAAUUCAUCUUCACCAGCAUACGAUGGUAAAGAUAAAAGUGCCGCAUUAUUAUACUAUCCAUAUGAAAUAGUAGCUCAACAUCCAAGCGUUGUAUUUCCUAGAUCAACUUCAAUGAUAAAUGAUAAUGUCGAUGGAUUCUAUGGAUUUCGAAAUCGCUAUCGAGAUCAAAAUGAUGUACUUAUUGGACUGGUGAAUAGGAAUAGACGUCAUGCAGGAUGGAAUGCGAAUGAAACAUUUGCAUUGUCAAUAAUGAGUCAUGAUACCACUUGGGCUCGAAUGCCUGGAAAAGAAUUUCAACAGUACAAUGUAACUAGAAAAUUUAGCACGCCGUUGAUCGAUGGAUGGCCUAGAGAACCACCGAAAGGAACGAAACUUGGUUAUACAAAAGCAAUAAAACCAUUCAGUGAUCAAGGCGGUGGAUAUGUCUCCAUUGAUUCUAGCGUAAAUUUAAAUAUUACUCUUGCAAGCCGCGAUAUCCUUGUGGACAUGAUCACAAGAGGUAAUAUUGAUACAAUCAUAGCUAUUCAUGAUCAAUUUGUUGAUAUUUUAUCACAUUUUUGGCAUUGGCAAAUUAGUCCUGAUCCUGAUGAGACUAAUAUUACAUUAGGCAAUGAAAAUAAUCUUUCAACAUUUAUUAUAAGAGGACAAAAUGGAAGUUGGCUCAAAGGUUGGCUCAACAAUCAUCAGCAUGCCACUUACAACAACACUGAAAAUGUAUUAAGAAUUAUAAAACAAGGAUUUACUGCCAAUUUUAAGAUUGUUAUGGCUCUUGGAAUGGGUACAGAACCAGUUGCAUAUAGAAUAGCAACCGGUAUCAAUAUUGAUAAAGCUUGUAUCAAUUUCGAUGCCUUAUUUCAAGGCUUACAGUGCGUAACGACAACUGUGAUAAUUUCAACUACUGCUACUCCUGGUAUUAAGAUUCCAUCAAUUAUAAUAAUAUCCAUUACAAGUACACUAGUUGGUUUAGUUGUUCUCAUUAUAGUUACUAUCUUGAUAAGAAAAAUAAUAAAUAGAAAUAAUCGAAUUCGUCCAACGCUUGAAAUCAAACCAACUGUAAGCUGA